CCAGCCCCCACAGCCGGGCCGGCACCGAACCGCACCUCGGGGGGUGCCGGGGCGGGGGGGGGUCGCUCGGGACCCCCCGAGGCCACCGGAGCCACCGGAGCCACCGGGAGCGGGGAUGGUGGCGGGGGCGGCCGGAGCGGGGCGGCGGCUCCGGGCACAGCCCUGACAGAGAGAGCGAACCUCCACCAUGAGCGUGAGGCCUCCGCAGGCCCCGGACAGGUUGAGCAGCCUCUCCUCUCCCCUGGGUGAUUCCCCUUCGGAGCGGAGGUCGCCCGGCCACCGCCGGCAGCCCUCGGACACCUCGGAAUCCACAGGGCUGGUGCAGCGCUGUGUGAUCAUCCAGCGGGACCAGCAUGGCUUCGGCUUCACCGUCAGCGGCGACCGCGUCGUGCUCGUGCAGUCCGUGCGGCCAGGUGGGGCUGCCAUGAGGGCCGGGGUGCAGGAAGGCGACCGGAUCGUCAAGGUGAAUGGGACGAUGGUGAGCAACAGCUCCCACCUGGAAGUGGUGAAGUUGAUUAAAUCUGGUGCCUACGUGGCCCUGACCCUGCUGGGAUCCCCCCCUGGAAUUCCGGGAUCGCAGCCGGAGCCGGAACCCCCAGGAUGUCCCCAGGGACCCCCCCAGCGCAUCACCGAGCCCAGGCCCCUCCAGGACCCCGAGGUGCAGAAGCACGCGGCGCAGAUCCUGCGGAACAUGCUGCGCCAGGAGGAGGCCGAGCUCCAGCGAUUCCAGGAGCUGCUGCUGCGCAAUCCGGGCGCGGCCGUGGAGGAGCAGCUGGAGGGAGCGCGGCGCCGCCUGAGCCAACUGCAGCUGAAAAUCCUGCAGGAAUCCCAGGGGGCCUCGGAUUUGGGGUUCCGAGCUGUGGAAGGAGAAUUUUUCCGGAGCCUCCCGACGUUCCCGGGCUCGGGGUCCCCGCGGCUCCCAGGACGAUUUUCCUUGGAUUCCCAGGAUGGGGAACAGGGGCUGGAAUCAACAGAGGGAUCGCGCAAUUCCGGUUUUUCCGAGCCCGGCAGCCCCCGCGGCUCCCCGGUGCUCCGGCGCUUCCCCGAGCAGGGGUCGGGGAGGCCCCAAAUCAUCGGGCCCGAGGAGGAGUGCGAGGAGGGGGACGCCGGAAACGAGAGCGAUUCCGUGUUCCAGGACCUGGGGCGGCUCAAAUCGCGCCCGGCGCACCUGGGAGUGUUCCUGAGGUUCCUGCUGAGCCAGGCUGACCCUGCUCCCCUGCUGUUCCAGCUGUGCUCUGAGGUUUGCUGCCAGCUCAGCAGCCCCAAGGAGUCCCGAGCCCUGGCCAGAGACAUCUGGAACAUUUUCCUGGACAGGAGCGCGCCCCUCCGGGUGAAGGUGUCGGAGCCGCUCCUGGCGGAGAUCGAGUCGCGGCUGCGGGGCGGCGAGGACGCGCGGCCGGCGCUGCUGGCGGCUCAGGAGCUCGUCCUGCCCGACAUCCACGAGCAGCUCCACGACUACAGGACCAAACGCACGCUGGGGCUGGGCAGCCUCUACGGGGAGAACGAGCUGCAGGAGCUGGAGCAGGAAUUGGGGAAUUCCCGCUGGGAUCCGCGGGAGCGCCGCGAGCGCGAGCGGGCGCUGGCUGAGAGACAGCUGGGACAGCUGGGGGACAUCCUGUCCAAGUACGAGGAGGAGCGAAGCUCCCCCAUGGCCUUUGCCCUCAGCACCUUCCUGGCCCACGCCGGGAUCCGGCCCCGGGAAUUUCGGGAAUUUCGGGAAUUUCGGGAAUUUCGCAGCCCUGGAACCUCGGAAAAAAUCCUGGACAAGGACAAGUGGCUUCCCUUCUUCCCCAAGGCCAAAAAGAGCAGCAGCUCCAAGAAGGAGAAGGAGCAGAGGCAGAACCCGAUCCUGAAAUACAUCGGGAAACCGCGGAGCUCCUCCCAGAGCACAUUUCAUGUUCCCCUGUCCCCUGCUGAAGCCGUGCGCCCCGGCAACGUCCGCACCAUGAUCCAGCACUUUGAGAACAACCACGGGGACGGCGACAGAGACCCUGGGAACCAGCGCCUGAGCACCGGGAGCGUCCCCGAGGGGCUGCUGGAACACCAGGGCUGCCGUCCCGAGGUGCGCCUGGGCCGCUCGGAGUCGCUGAAGGGGCGGGAGGAGCUGCGGCGCUCGCGCCGGGCCGAGCUGGUGCCGCGCUCGCGCAGCGACGUCGACAUGGACACGGGGACGGCGGGGACCGAAACCCCCCGGCUGCACUCGGGGUCCUCCUCGGCGUCCAGCCUCUCCAACAGAUCCCUGGACAAUCCCACCCCCCCCUACACACCAAAGAUGGGGCGCAGGAGCGCCGACUCUCCCGUCCUCUCCUCCAGCGCCGACCCCUCCCUUCCCCACCUGCUGGAGGCCGAGCUGGACCCCGACCCCGAGCUGGACGCUCAGAGCUGGCAGCACUCGGUGAACCCGCGGCUGCUCGCGCAACUCUGCCCCAGGGAGGUCGAUCGGCAGGAGGUCAUCAACGAGCUGUUUGUCACCGAGCUGUCCCACGUGCGCACGCUGCGUGUCCUGGACCUGCUCUUUUUCCAGCGCCUGCGCCGGGAGCAGCUGCUGAGCCGGGAGGAGCUGGGGCUGCUCUUCCCCAACCUGCCCGAGCUCAUCGACGUCCACAGUUCCCUCCUGGAAUCCAUGCGGAGGCUGCGGGAGGAGGACGGGGCCCUGAUCCGCCAGAUCGGCGACCUCAUGCUGGCCAGGUUUGAUGGCCCUGCCAAGCAGGAAUUCCAGGCUGUGGCUGCCAGGUUUUGCUCGGGACAGUCGCUGGCCCUGGAGCUGAUCCGCACCAAGCAGCGCAAGGAGAGUCGGUUCCAGCUCUUCAUGCAGGAGGCCGAGAGCAACCCCCAGUGCCGGCGGCUGCAGCUCAAGGAUCUGAUCGUGUCCGAGAUGCAGCGGCUCACCAAGUACCCCCUGCUGCUGGACAACAUCAUCAAGUGCACCCAGGGAGGCUCAGAGGAGCAGCAGAAGCUGUGCCGUGCCCGGGAGCAGUGCAGGGACAUUCUGCGUUUCGUGAACGACGCCGUGCGCGGCGCCGAGAACCGGCAGCGGCUCCAGGAGCACCAGCGGCGCCUGGACACGGCGGCCCUGGAGAGAACCAGCAACCCCCUGGCUGCAGAAUUCCGGAACCUGGACCUGACCUCGCACCGGAUGAUCCACGAGGGGCCCCUGACCUGGAGAGUGGGGAAGGACAAGAGCGUGGAGCUGCACGUGCUGCUGCUGGAGGAGCUGCUGGUGCUGCUGCAGCGCCAGGACGAGCGCCUGGUGCUCAAAUGUCACAGCAAGGGAGGCCUGGGGGCCUCGGACACCAAGCAGAGCUUCAGCCCCGUGCUCAAACUGAGCUCGCUGCUCGUGCGCUCCGUGGCCACAGACAAGCGAGCCCUGUUCAUCAUCUGCACCUCGGAGCUGGGACCCCAAAUCUACGAGCUGGUGGCGCUGACGUCCUCGGAGAAGAACACGUGGAUGGAGCUGCUGGAGCAGGCGGUCCAGGGGGCCACCAGGAGCGUCCCCGGGCCACCAAAACGGCGCCAGAGCGAGGCCGGAGGGAGCGCGGGAUCAGGGCUGGUGCUGCCCGACCCCGCCGUGUCCCCGGCCCGAGGAUCCGAGGCUGAGCCCGAGGAUUGUUCCUCAGCCGGCAGUGACCCCGAGCCCUCGCGCCGGGCCCCUCCCGUGCCGGAGGCGCCGCAGGAGCCGGGGGGGGCCGGGAUUGGGGACCCUGAGCCCGAAUCCCCGCGGGACCCCGAGCCCAGCCCGGCCCUGGGGGGGCCCAGAGCCCCGGGGGGAGCCGGAGUGGCCGAGGCUGCGCUGGAGGACGUGGAGACCCUGCGGCGCCUGAUCGUCCGGAGGCUCCGGCCGGGCCGCGACCCCGACGACGACGACAACGUCACCCUCACACCAUCCAACCAGGAAUUCCCAAAAUCCAGCAGGGAAUUCCCAAAAUCCAGCAGGGAAUUCCCAAAAUCCAACCAGGACUUUCCAGUAUCCAGCCAGGAAUUCCUAAAAUCCGGCCGGGAAUUCCCAAAAUCCAACCAGGACUUUCCGGUGUCCAGUCAAGAAUUCCCAAAUUCCAGCCAGGAAUUCCCAAAAUCUGGUCGGGAUUUUCCAACAUCCAGUUGGGAUUCUGUGCUCUCCAGUCAGGAUUUUCCAAUGUCCAGUCAGGAUUUUCCAAUGUCCAGCAGGGAUUUGGUGAUGUCCAGCCAGGAAUUCCCAACGUCCAGCCAGGAUUUUGCGACGUCCAGCCGGGAUUUUCCGAUAUCCGGUCGGGAUUUUCCGACGUCCAGUCAGGAUUCAACCACAUCCAGUUGGGAUUUUCCAAUGUCCAACCAAGAAUUCCCAAUUUCCAACCAAGAAUUCCCAAUGUCCAGCCAAGAAUUCCCAAUUUCCAGCCAAGAAUUCCCAAUGUCCAGCCAAGAAUUCCCAAUGUCCAGCCAAGAAUUCCCAAUGUCCGGUCAGGAAUUCCCGACGUCCGGCCGCGAUUCCGUGACUUCCAGUGAGGAUUCGGUGAUGUCCGGUCAGGAAUUCCCAAAGUCCAGUCAGGAUUCAGCUGUGUCCAGCUGGGAAUUCCCAAUGUCCAGUCGGGAUUUUUCAGUGUCCAGUCAGGAAUUCCCAAUGUCCAGCCAGGAUUUGGUGAUGUCCAGUCAAGAAUUCCCAAAAUCCGCUCAAGAAUUCCCAAAAUCCGCUCAGGAAUUCCCAAUGUCUGGUCAGGAAUUCCCAAAAUCCGGUCAAGAAUUCCCAAAAUCCCAUCAGGAAUUCCCAAAAUCCGGUCAAGAAUUCCCAAAAUCCGCUCAGGAAUUCCCAAAAUCUGGUCAGGAAUUCCCAAUGUCUGGUCAAGAAUUCUCAAAAUCCCAUCAGGAGUUCCCAAAGUUUGGUCAAGAAUUCCCAAAAUCCGGUCAAGAAUUCCCAAAAUCCCAUCAGGAAUUCCCAAAAUCCCAUCAGGAAUUCCCAAAAUCCCAUCAGGAAUUCCCAAAAUCCGGUCAAGAAUUCCCAAAAUCCCAUCAGGAAUUCCCAAAAUCCCAUCAGGAAGGGCCGGAGCGGCCGGAGCCCAACGGGAUCCAAAUCAACCGCAAAGCCCAGGAGGAGGGGCCAGAGGAGGCCACGCCCCCGAGCGGCUGCAGCCAAUCAGAGCCCGAGCUGCGGGAAGGAGGCGGAGCCAGCGCCGAGGGGAAUUUUUUCUACCUGAGCCUCCCCACGGGACCCCCCCGGCCUGGAGGGGACGUUGGGGACAUCGCUGGGGACAUCCCUGGGGACAGGGCUGGCCCUGGGGACAUCCCUGGGGACAUCCCUGGGGACAUCCCUGGGGACAUCCCUGGGGACAUCAGGGACACGGAGCUGAUCCUGGGGACCCUGGAGGGGCUGCGGGGGAAACUGCUGAGCCUGAUGGCCCUGGAAGCCGCUCACCGGCAGCUGCUGCGCUCGCUGGCGGGGGGUGAUGGCGCCGUCCCCAACGUCCCCAACGCCAUCCCCACUGUCCCCAACGCUGUCCCCAGUGUCCCCAAUGCCAUCCCCAGUGUCCCCAACGCCGGCCCCGGGCGGGCCCCGCCCCCCCCCCAGCUCGUCCCGAGCCCCGCGGGGACAACCUGGGACUGGGACUGGGACUGGGACUGGGACUGGGACUGCCACCCCUGGCACAGGCUGGGCCAGCCCCUCCCACCUCUAACCCGGGCGGGGGGGGGACGGGCUGGACUUUCCCUCCCCUCCCCCCACCCCCGCUGGGAAUUCCGGAACGUUCCACUGGGGAACCCCCCCGGACAGACGGACAGACGGACGGACAGAUGCACUUUGUUGGGAAUUUCCCCUUUUUUCACCCCAAAAAAACAACAAAAACCCCCAAAAAAAAUCCUAUAAAUAUGUACGUACUGCCCUCCCCCACCCUGCCCAUGUAAAUACCCCUGGGGACAAUGGGGGGGUGACACGGUGACAAUCGGGGGGUGGCACCCCCACAAUCCCGGGAUUUACCCCCCACAGAAAAAUGAAAAUAAAUCCUGGAUUUUUCCCCAAAAAAUUCUGGGUU